AUGUCAUUAGAAGAGUUAUAUGCUUCCUUGCAAAAUGUGCCUGACGACUCCAAAGAAGAUCCUCAAGUAUUUGAUGAUACAAUCACAAAAUUUGAUUUCAAAAAAUACGAUAAUGAUAAAGAGCUGGUGGCAAAAAAACUUUACAAAGGUUUUUUAAAUGUUAGCAAUGAAUUGAGUUGGGAUCUUUUGGAUGUUUUCCAAACCAUACCCAAAAUGAAUUAUUUGAAUAUCAAUAAAUCUAAAAAUGAGGCUAGGAAUAAAGAUGAUAUUUAUGAUUAUACCGACUUUUUCCCCGAGUUGGACAUGGCCUCAAGGACUAACUAUCACUUUAAAAGAACAGGCAUUGAGGGGAGAAUUUUCGAUUAUGAGGAAAAAGUUAAUCUUGAUGAUGUUAAGGAUGCUAAUGCAUCAAACUCCUUAUCAUUAACCAGAAAAAUUGAUAAUAUGCAACAUACUAUUCAAGGUGGGGUUUCUAAUUUACCAUUUACACCUGGUGGGAUUAUUUUAAACACUAAUAGUAAUAUUGGUACCACAGUUGUCGACACAAAUACUUUUAUCGCAACACCAACCAAAACAGCGAGCUCAUUAUUGCAUAAAGAUGACUAUGGUUUAUUUGAUAUUCCACCAACAUUAGAAAGGGGUAUUGUGCCACAGUUUAUUGUGAACAAUGAAUUGGAAGACCUAGAUUCCAUAGUUGAAAUAAAGAAAGCCGAUUCAAUGACAGAUGAACAGUUGGGGAUUGCUCCAAGCGUACAAACCACGGCCAAAACAAAUGAAAAAAACUGGCUGGAACAAUCUUUGGUUUCUACCCCCAAAAAUGAUAAUUCUUUUGACGAGGAAGUGGAUAAGUUGAUUCCAAAGGGGAUUGAUUUUGGCCGAACAACCAUUAUCAAAAAUUUUUCCGAAGAAAACAGGGAGUGGGCUCAUGUUGUUGAUGUCACACAUAAGAUUACUAAUUUUGAUGAACUAGUUCCAAAUCCUGCUAGAACCUGGCCCUUUGAACUAGAUACUUUCCAAAAAGAGGCUGUGUAUCAUUUAGAGCAGGGCGAUUCCGUGUUUGUUGCUGCUCAUACCUCAGCUGGUAAGACCGUCGUUGCCGAAUAUGCAAUUGCCUUAUCAAAAAGGAAUAUGACUAAAACUAUUUAUACCUCACCUAUUAAAGCUUUGUCAAACCAAAAAUACAGGGAUUUCAAAGAGGAAUUUGAUGAACUAGAUGUCGGUUUAAUUACGGGUGAUGUUCAGAUCAACCCUGAUGGAAAUUGUUUAAUUAUGACGACUGAAAUUUUGAGGUCUAUGCUUUAUAGGGGAGCUGAUGUCAUCAGAGAUGUGGAAUUUGUUAUUUUUGACGAGGUUCAUUAUGUCAAUGAUCAAGACCGUGGUGUUGUUUGGGAAGAAGUCAUUAUUAUGCUACCCCAACACAUUAAAUUUAUCUUACUAUCGGCUACUGUUCCAAAUACGUAUGAAUUUGCUAGUUGGAUUGGUAGAACAAAACAAAAAAAUAUUUACGUAAUUUCCACCCCUAAAAGGCCUGUUCCAUUGGAAAUUAAUUUGUGGACAAAAGAUGAGUUAAUACCGGUUAUCACACCAGAUAAGAAUUUUUUAACUGAUAACUUCAAGAAACAUAAAGAAUUGUUAAGCGGCGAAAAAAACGAUUUUAGAGACAAAAAUGGUGCUAAUCAUGGAACUCUGAAAAACAAUAAGAGUGGGAGAGGAGGUGGUCGCGGAGGAGCUCGUGGAGGAGCUCGUGGCGGAGCUCGUGGCGGAGCUCGUGGCGGAAACAAUAAUACCGGUAAUAAUAAAGGUGGUCGUCUUGUCGUUGGCCAUCGAGGUGCAGGGGCUAUUGGUUCGAAUAAAAGGCAAUUUUAUCAGAACUCUGGUGCAAACUCAAAGACAUGGCCUCACUUGGUCAAUUUCCUGGAAAGAAAAUCUUUGUUACCAGCUGUUAUUUUUGUUUUCAGUAAAAAACGUUGUGAAGAAUAUGCGGAUUCAUUAAGCGGUGUGAAUUUCUGUGGGAACAAGGAGCGGUCUCAUAUUCAUAUGACAAUGGAAAGAGCGGUUGUCAGAUUAAAAAAAGAGGAUAGAGAAUUGCCACAAAUUUUGAAGAUGAGAACAUUAUUAGAAAGAGGCAUUGCUGUUCAUCAUGGUGGACUAUUACCUAUCGUUAAAGAGUUGGUAGAAAUUUUAUUCGCAGAGGGGCAUGUUAAAGUUCUAUUUGCUACGGAGACAUUUGCAAUGGGUUUGAAUUUACCCACAAGAACUGUAGUUUUUAGUGAAAUAUCGAAGCAUGAUGGAACCAAAGUCAGGCCCUUGAAUCCGGGAGAAUUCACCCAAAUGGCUGGCAGAGCCGGCCGUAGAGGGUUGGAUACUACAGGUACUGUAAUUAUUAUGACUUAUAAAACUCCAUUGGAACCUGUUACUUUUAAAGAAGUCACUUUAGGAUCACCCAUCAGAUUACAAUCGCAAUUUAGGUUGACUUAUAACAUGAUUUUGAAAUUGUUAAAAAUAGAAGCCCUAAGGGUCGAAGAAAUGAUCAAGUAUUCCUUCAGUGAAGAUAACAAUCAAGCAUUGUUACCACAGCAGCAAAAAGACAUCGCCCUUUUAACAGAAAGAGCAGAAAGCAUCGAGUUUUAUGAUAACUGUGAAUACUGUUCUCAUGAUAUCGAUAAAGCGCUAAGCUUGUUUUUAGACUACAAAGAAAAUUGGAAAGAAUUUGUAAGCAAGAUAAGUGCCUUUGCUGUUUUUGCUGCGUACUUUUCUACUGGACGGUUAGUAAUUUACAGACUAGAAACACCUGAUGAGUUUGUUUAUAAAUUGGGCUUUAUCUUUAGGUCUUUUAGUAAAAGCGGUAAUUGUAUUGUGUUGUGCUUUACUGAAGAGAAUCAACUUAAAUUCCGCGGUAAAGUUUAUAUUCCAUAUGUUAUUAAUAAAAAAUUUAUCGGAAACAAUUUUGGCACUUUUGUUAAGUUAGUCAAUCCUAUUUUGGAGGAAAUACCUAUUACAAAUAUUGAACUAGUUUCCAGCUAUAAGAGUAAGACAAGAUUAGUUUCUUAUUUGGCCAAUGAAAAAGAAGCCAUUGAUCUUUUUGAGGAGGAAAUAGGUUCAAUUGUUAAAGAUCUUUCAUAUUUUAGUGAUUUUGAACCAAAAAAAAUUUUACCACUAGAAGUUGGGAAUUUGUUAAAAGAAAGAAAAUCGUUAUUUAAAGCUAUAGUAAGCUUACAAGGGCCCAUGACUUGUCCAGAUUUUGUGCAACAUUUGUAUCCUAAAUAUUUUAAAAGUACCAUUGAGGAUCAAAUCAGUGCUUUGAAACAUCUAUCGAGCGACCAAAAUCUAAAAUUGUUACCUGAUUAUGAACAAAGACUAAAGGUACUAAGAGAUGGUGAAUUUAUUGACAAAAACGCUAAUGUUUUAUUGAAGGGAAGAGUCGCUUGUGAGAUUGAUAUUGGAUAUGAAUUAGUAAUUACCGAAUUAAUCUUGGACAAUUUCUUGGGAGAUUUUCAACCAGAAGAAAUAGUUGCUUUGUUAUCUGUUUUUGUAUAUGAUGGUACAAAUAAAAAGAAUGUUGAAGAACCUAUUCCAGCUAAUGAGAGGUUAACAUUGGGUAAAGAUAAAAUUGAGGGAAUUUAUAAGAAAAUGCUAAAACUUUAUGAAAAACAUCAGGUUCCUAUUACAUCUGAAGAGGAAGAUUUCUUGGAAAGAAGAAGAUUUAUGCUUUUGAAUGUUGUUUAUGAAUGGGCCCGUGGUGUUGCAUUUAAAGACAUCAUGGAGAUAACUGAUGAAAGUGAAGGUACUAUUGUUAGGAUUAUCAAUAGAUUGGAUGAAAUAUGCCGUGAAGUGAAAACUGCAGCUAUUAUCAUUGGUAAUUCUGAUUUACACUCCAAAAUGUCGACUGCUCAAGAAUUAAUUAAAAGAGACAUAGUUUUUGCGGCAAGUUUAUAUUUAUGA